UCAGCCGCAGUCCAUGGAAGCAACUUCUUUGGGGCGGCAGUGUGAUUAUUAAGCAAUUGCAAUAUGGCGUUGCUACGGUUGUACAUAGCGAUUUUGUCUUUUUUUGUAAGUGCCACUGCAAUAGUCGGGCCUAGUAAUACUACCAAUGCUAAACUGAGUUCCCUGAAAACAGAUACUUAUUUAGACGCAUACUCAAAAUCUCGGAUAGAAGCUGAAAAGGCGAAGCAAGGAGUUGUCAUAAUAACUGCAAAAGAUGGUGAGAAGAGGAUUUCAAAUCGUGACGACAGUUACAACUCUGGAUACGACUAUACGCCACCUUUUUCCAGUGAUAAUAGUUUCAGUUCUUCAUCUGGUUCGGGCUUCUCUGGACCGACAAGCUCCAGUUAUUUACCACCAAGUCAUACACCAGUAAAAUUUGAAUCGGAUAUAACUUACAGUGCGCCGCCAAAUACAUAUGGACCUCCAUCUUCAAGUUAUGGACCUCCAGCCCAGACUUAUGGACCUCCUGCGCAUACAUAUGGACCACCGACGCAGACAUAUGGGCCACCAGCGCAAACUUAUGGACCACCAGCGCAGACUUAUGGCCCACCAGUUCCCAAACCCUUACCGCCAGUUUAUGGACCUCCAUUGAAGCCUACUUACGGUGUUCCAUUUAAAUCACCGGGUUUUGGUUUCUUGGACAAAUUGUCAUUGAAACUAGAUAUUUUGACAAUUGCAAAAUUAUUGUUAAAAUUCUUGAUUUUCAAGAAGUUGGUCACCAUGCUGGCUGUUGUGUGUAUGUUGUUGGUUAUACCAAAAUUAAUAAGUUUUAAGAAAGACGAUAACAACGCAAACGACGAAGAUGAACGACGAUUUGGGAACAAAAAUUUGACGGAGUUGACGUCGAUACAGCAGCUUCUGGAGCGGGCGAUACAUGUGUACGGCCAGCAACAGCCGUCAUGCGGCAUCACGUGCCGUGUGCGUAGAGUCAUCGAUGACAUAUACGAAUUUCAGCCAUAUUUUAGGUCAAACACGAUGGAAAGAUCGGAUUGAACUUCUUAGAUAGUGUUGUAAGUAAUAAAAGCAGUGGGAAACAUUUGGGUGCCAUCAGGAAUAGUCUGAAAAAUUGUUAUAAUUACCUAUUUAUUUAUUUAUUGUAGUUAGAAAUUGUAAAAAUAUUAAAUAAAUUAUUAAAUUGUA